CAUCACUUCCGGGGAGGCCAUGUUGGCUCUCGCUGGCUGCUCGGGCGAAGGGGCGGGCUCAGGGCCGGAUCUGCUUGUGACAUUGGUUUCGGGGGUAGCUGGUGGGCGCUGGAGUGGAGCCGCUGCCGCUCGGGGAUCCGCCAUGUCGGACUUCGACAGUAACCCCUUCGCGGACCCGGACCUCAAUAACCCCUUCAAGGAUCCUUCGGUUACACAAGUGACAAGAAAUGUUCCACCUGGAUUAGAUGAGUACAAUCCUUUCUCAGAUUCCAGAACACCUCCACCAGGAAAUGUGAAAAUGCCUAAUGCACCCAGUACACAACCAGCUAUAAUGAAACCAACAGAAGAACCUCCUGCUUACACACAAAUAGCAAAGGACCAUGCAUUGGCCCAGGCUGAACUGCUUAAGCGCCAAGAAGAACUAGAAAGAAAAGCAGCAGAACUGGAUCGCAGAGAAAGGGAAAUGCAGAAUCUCAAUCGACAGAGUGGCAGGAAAAAUAAUUGGCCUCCUCUGCCUGGGAAUUUUCCAGUGGGUCCUUGUUUCUACCAGGAUUUUUCUGUAGACAUUCCAGUAGAAUUCCAGAAGACAGUAAAGAUUAUGUACUACUUGUGGAUGUUCCAUGCAGUGACACUGUUUCUAAAUAUCUUUGGAUGUUUGGCCUGGUUUUGUGUUGAUCCCAGACGAGGGGUUGAUUUUGGAUUGAGUAUCCUCUGGUUCUUGCUUUUUACUCCUUGUUCAUUUGUCUGCUGGUACAGACCACUUUAUGGAGCCUUCAGGAGUGACAGUUCUUUCAGAUUCUUUGUGUUCUUCUUUGUGUAUAUCUGUCAAUUUGCUGUACAUGUACUCCAGGCUGCGGGAUUUCAAGGAUGGGGUAACUGUGGAUGGAUUUCAUCUCUGACUGGUCUUAAUGAGAGUGUUCCUGUUGGCAUUAUGAUGAUAAUCAUAGCAGCACUUUUCACAGCAUCUGCUGUCAUCUCUCUAGUUAUGUUUAAAAAGGUGCAUGGCCUAUACCGCACAACCGGUGCUAGUUUUGAGAAAGCCCAGCAAGAGUUUGCAACAGGAGUGAUGUCCAACAAAACUGUACAAACGGCUGCAGCAAAUGCAGCCUCUACAGCAGCAACUAGUGCAGCCCAAAAUGCUUUCAAGGGUAACCAAAUUUAGUGAAAUAAAAAAUCACUACAGUUAUCAUUGACUAUAUUUUCCAUCUAUUUAUCUAUUCCUAUUGACUUGCGUUCAAAAUACACAUACAGCAUGUAUGUCUCUCCUUGAGCUGUGCAUGGGCUAAAACAGGAAAAAUUUCUUGUUUUAUUCCUUUAUAUAUUUAUUUCUCAAAACAAAACCCCACAGCCUACCUUCUUUGCCAUCUUUAAAAUUGAAAUAUAUGCUAGAUAUAUAAUUCUCCAUAUUUUCUGGAGGAGCAAUAUUUUGGAAACUUCAGCAAUGGAUCUGAAAUUGGUAUGGUACUUUCUGUGAUCAGUAAUAGAGGGGUUUUUUAGUAUUUCACUCUGGAAUCUUUUGUUUCAAUUUAAGGAAAGCACUUUGGAGCAGUUACUUUUGUUCCUAAGAGCCUGAUUCCCUAUUUCUACUAUACAAAGUAGACUGACAAUUUGGGAGAAUUAGAUUUGGUUGCUGCUGUGGCACUUUCAGCAGCAGAUGAACAGCUAUGAGUAUGGUAGAUAAUGUACAUUCUUUUUUUAGGACAAUAGGUCUUUUGAUAUAACUCUACAAGUUUGCAUGAAUAUUAUUGAGUUUUUUGACCAUGCUGAAUUCGUGUUUUGAUCCAGGAUUUAUCUGUACCACUUGCAAUUAUAGUGUUGGUUUGUAUCAACCCUUUCAUGGCAUACUUCUUCGAAAUCAGAAAUGGCUAUUGCUUAGACAUUCUUACUGCUAGAAUGUGGAAUGCAAUGUACAGUUAAGAGAAGUUAACUGUUGGUUUUGAUCAAAGAGCUAAAUGAUUAAAUUGCUAUUUUUAAUUUGUUUUCAUCUUUUCAGAAAACAUUCUGUUAAAAGGAAGUUAUCAGCCUUUAGAACACUUCCAUAGCCAGUUGUUUGUCCCCUUUUAAAUACAGUGAAAUUUUUGUUGUGUGUGUUUGUAGGUUUGGGGAUUUUUCUUUGUGUCAUUUGUGUUUUAACAGUGGUACUAAAUCUAUAGCUUGGUCAGUCGCUCUGUUUACUGCUUGUGCAAAAAUCUGAAUAUACAGUAUUUAAUUUUUUACAGGAAUAUUUUCUCUAGUCAAACUUUUUAAACUGUGGCAUUUAACAUAUACUUGAAUUCCUUUUAACGCACCUCAGCCUUCAUGUGAUUUGAUUCAACCUGAAUAAUGAAGAUUCUUAACUAUUUUGAGUUGGAAGAGUGAAACAUUUUUAUUUCUUAGAAAUUCACAUUGUUGAAAUGGAUGUCUGUUCAAUAGAUUAACCAGUGGUUACCAACCAGUAGAUCAGGAUCUACUGGUAGAUCUUGGAACCUCUGACAGGUGAUAUGCCAGCUUUGGCCAGGAGGCUGUCAAGUGCUGGCACUUUAUCUGCCCCUCUCAACACUACUGUGCUGCUCCUGCCCGCUACCUUGGAGGUCCCCCCUGCCCCUGGGAAUCUCCUGCUUGCUGUGCACGACACAGGAAGAAGAAGAGGGGGUGCUGAUGUCAGGGUGUCCCUCCCUCCACCCUGUACCCCACCUCUACAGAGCAGGGGGAAGCAGGGAUGGAGAGUUUGCUGGUUGCUUUUGGGAGUAGUGUGGGCCCAAGGCAAGGAUGAGCCUACCUUAGCCCCACUGCACCACCACCCUGAAACCACAUGUGGUGAGUGGUACCCAACUGGAGCCUGCGUUCUGAACCUCUCCUGCACCGCAAACCCCAGCCCUACCCCUAAGUUCCCCUGCACCCAAACUCCUUCCCAGAGCCUGCACCCUGAACCCCAUCCUGCACCACAACUCCCUGUCCCAGGCUCAGCUCAGAGCCCCCUGCCACACUCCAAAAACUUUAGCCGAAGUUGCUUGCAUCCUCCUCCCCUGGAUCCCAGCCCUCUGCCUGAUAAAAGUGAGAGAGGAUGGGGGAGGAAGGGAGGAUGGAGUGAGCAGGGGCGGGGCCUUGGAGAAAGGGUGGGAAGAAGGUGGGGCAAGGGUGUUUGGGUUUAAGGUAGAUUCUGGAUUGCACUUCAAUUGAAAAAGUGAUCUCAUGCUUAAGAAGGUUGGAGACCACUGGAUUAAACCGAUGCUGUGAUGCACCAUGAUUCAUGCUGGUGCUUAUGUUAAUUUUCCAAAUGCUUAUCAGCUUUUGCUUCAAAAUCAUGUGCUGUCCACUGUACAUAUAAGGCCAUUGGAGAUUCCUAGUUGAGUGGAUUGAUUGGAUGACGAUAUAUGUAGUACUUUGGACUAAGUUUAAAACUUUUAAAUACCAGUUUCAGAAAGUGAAGGACCUGAUCCCCAGUUUUACAUAAAUACUUUCACUGAAAUCAGUGUGACUGCUCAUAUGAACAGGAGUCUGCAAGACUGAACCUUAAGGCCUGGUAUGUACUGGAACAUGCAGUUGACAUAAGUGUGUCAUUCAGGGACGUGAAAAUCCAUAACAGUGAGUGAUGCAGUGAAACAGACCUCAUUUCCUAGUAUAGACAGCACUAGGUCAGUGGGAGAAUUCUCCUGGUAACUUACUGAUCAUCUUUUGGCGAGGUGAAGUCCCUGUGUUGCCGGGAGAACUUCUCCUCUUGACAUUAGUGUGUCUCCUGAAGUAGUGCAACUGCAGGGUUUUAAGAUGGAUAAACCCAGUGAUGCCCCAUCUGUCAAUGUGAAUUGGUUUUGAUAGACGAAUAUUCUUCUCUUUUCAGUUUGUCAAAAAAGAACAUUUAAAAAAAUAACCUUACCCAGUGUAAUACCUGGACCAGUGUAGCACUGGCAUACAUAAAUCUGAGUAAAUUACAAAUACAUAUUACAUAUGUCGUUUGCUAACGUGUCUCGAAAAGAAAUUUUUAGUGGUUAAGAUAAAUGUGGUAAGGAAGCAUUAUAAUAUGGCCUAUACUGAAGUUGUUGUUCACGAUUAUAUUGUUCAUAGAGUAAACAAUGCAAUUGAAAUAACAGUAACAGGGAUGUUCUCAGAAGAUUUUCCCAGCAUUUUUUAGAAGUCUGUAGAGGAGGUUUUAGGUUUUUGAAAAUCCGUUUAAUCUUUAAUGAUCCUUCUAAAUUUCGGUUUUACAGUUUAAGGUCCCCUUUCUGUGCUUCCAUUUUUUUCAGGUCUCUCUAGAUCUACAACCUACUUUUGCGAGUCUGUUAAACCAAAUAUUAAAAUUAUACCUAGGAAAUCCUGUAAGAGUGUAUCGUGAGCCUUAAUUAAGCAUUUUAUUUUUUCUCAUGAGGGACACCAUCACAGUUAAAUUGUCAAAUUUUUUAAUAGUAGAUUAUCAGCAGGCGAUAUUAAAAAACAACUUGAAACUGACAGGCAUGUGCCUAGUUAUAUUUUUCAGAAUAUAUGCAUAUAUGAUUCUUAUUUUUAUCAUGUUUGCCUCUGCACUCAAAAAACUACAAUGUUACAAAAUUAGUAUGUAUGAAUAUUUCUAAUUCAAACAAAAAUUCUCAUUUUAGCUUUGAGAUCUGAAGGCUGGUGUUUGUUAAAAUAUUUUUACUCAAUUUAGAGGUAUUGGUCUUCUAUCAGUUAAUGCAGUAUACAUCCACUUAAUUGUCAUUUUGUCGUAUUGUGGCAAAUUUUGUUCAGAGUGAAGUUUAAACACUGGAAUGUCAAUAGUCAGUGAUCUGUAAUUUAGGAUUUGGAUUUAUUUAUCCGAGGGAUGUUUGUAUAUAUUUUGUAAAGUACUAACAAUGCUCUACCAUCAUAGUGAAUGUCAUGGUUCUGUCCCUCUGAUGUUGCAUGUCUGAAUAGUUCACAAGUUUUGUAUAUUUAUUGUAUUAACAUAAGGUCAUAAAAUAAAAGUACUGUUUCCU